UAUAAAAGCAGCCAGAGAGAUCAUAUCAGAUAGACUGAAGACGACUGAGCGACGUUCAACUUGACAAGAUGAAGUCUACCAUUUUACUGUUUGUUUCUCUGUUCUGUGGCCUGAUUUUGGCCCAAGAUGAUGGUAGUACUACUGAAACAGAAAACAAUAGUACACCAGGGUCAUGCUUUCCUGAUAUGUGUGAUAUCCUGCAACAGUUAGGUGCCCUGAAAGAAAAACUCAGCUCUGUGGAAACCAGACUGGCAGACAGUGAAACCAAACUGGCAGACAGUGAAACCAGACUGGCGGCCAGUGAAACCAAACUGGCGGCCAGUGAAACCAGACUGGCGGCCAGUGAAACCAAACUGGCGGCCAGUGAAACCAGACUGGCGGCCAGUGAAACCCAGAUUCAGGAACUGAAGAACAAAGAAAGGACCAAGGUGAUAUUCAGUACAGCAGCAGGAGGAGUCUCAGACAUUGGACCCUUCAACACAGACACAACUUUAAUCUACAGAAGAGUGAUAACAAACAUCGGUGGUGCCUACAGUCCAUCCACAGGUAUCUUCACUGCACCUGUUGCAGGUGUUUAUUAUUUUAUUAUCUUCUAUCAUGCUGGAGGAGCACAUCAGGGAAGGGUGUUGCUGUACAAGAACAAUGAAUUGGUGGUCCUGACCCAAGAUCACAAAUCAGACUCUGACACCGCUGAUAACGGAGGAAACGCAGCAUUCCUGCAGCUGCAGCAACGGGACCAGGUGUAUGUGCGCUUGGCUGCAAACUCAUAUGUUUGGGGAUAUGACCACCAUACAACCUUCAGUGGUUUUCUGGUCACUCAAAUGUGAGAAUCGAUGUAUAUCUCGUAAAUCUAUUCAUUUCUGUGUGAAGAUGGAUGUAAACAUCUGAUAUCACUACAUCCAUAUAUCAUUGCCAUUGUAUUUUUAAAUAUGAUGAAACAGAAGGCUUUUGCUGAUAAAAUAAAGUCUGAAAAUGAGAUUGUUUUUUUCUGAAGAAGCACAAGCUGAAAAUAAAGUGAUUACAAACAUAA